AUGUGGUUCAGCAGUAGCCCGAAAGAGGAGACCGCCCCUGCUCCUGUUGCCGAGACAAACAGAAGCCACCAGGUUGCGGCUCCUUCCGUUCUCCCUGCUGGAUUCGAUGCUUCCAAACUGCACCCCAUGGCCGGCCUGGGCAGUGGCGGCCUGGAGUACCUCGAUCUCGAGUCUAAUUCGCAGCGGGCAGACGGUUUGAUUGCUUCCCGUGGUUGGACCGAGGAUCUAUCUUAUGGUACCGGUGCCGUUUACUUGGUUGGUUUGAGUGUUGGUGGUCUCUAUGGUCUUGCUGAGGGUAUGCGCAAGAGCGCUGAUAUGGGAAGCGCCAAACUCCGUCUCAACACAGUCCUCAACUCUGUUACUCGUCGUGGUCCUUAUCUCGGCAACACGUCUGGUGUGCUUGCCAUUCUCUACAACGUCAUCAACAGCUCUAUUGACUACGCUCGCGGCGGAACUCAUGAGGACGCUAAUUCGCUCGCUGCUGGCGCUAUUACCGGUGCUCUUUUCCGUCUUUCCAAGGGUGUCCGUCCCAUGCUUAUAUCGUCUGCUCUUUUGACUGGUGUCGCUGGUGGCUGGUGUGUUUUGAAGCGCAUGGUUGCCCCCGGUGAGGAGAAACGCUAA